ACCUGCGUGCAGCAACCUUUCAGUUCAUUUGAGAUCGUUGCUAAUCGAGGAAAAGUACUUUGGCGCGGUGCUCCGAGAUAUUUCACCUAGUUUAAUAAAAAUUAAAUAAGAAAAUAUUCCAGUUACCUAAGAUAUAAACAUGCCGUUCACACCUGUCGAGACACCAAAAUGCCCAAAAUGUGGCAAAUCUGUAUAUGCCGCUGAAGAAAGAGUAGCUGGUGGUUACAAGUUCCACAAAACCUGUUUCAAAUGCGGAAUGUGCAACAAAGCCUUAGACUCCACAAAUUGCACGGAACACGAUAAGGAAUUAUUCUGCAAAAAUUGUCAUGCCCGUAAAUAUGGGCCAAAAGGAUAUGGUUUUGGUGGUGGUGCUGGUUGCUUGUCAAUGGAUACCGGAGCACAUUUAAACAGAGAUGACAUCGAUGGCGUACGUAAUGGAGCUCGGUUGGAACCCCGAGUGAUAGCCAAAGCCCCAGAAGGUCAGGGGUGUCCCAGAUGUGGAGGUUACGUUUAUGCAGCGGAACAAAUGUUGGCCCGUGGCAGAGGAUAUCAUAGACGAUGCUUCAAAUGUUUGCUUUGCAACAGAUCACUGGAUUCUACCAUGCAUUGCGAUGGUCCUGACAAAGAUAUUUAUUGCAGAGGUUGUUAUGCUCAGAAGUUUGGCGCCAGGGGUUAUGGUCAUUUAGGAAUAUCUUCGAUGGGACUUAUGUCUGACAUAAGAGAUGCCGAAUGGCAAAGUGAUCUAGCACCGAAAGUAGCAGAUAUAGAUGUAGGAAAGAUACAGGCACGCCCAGGUGAAGGUUGUCCACGUUGUGGUGGCGUAGUGUUUGCCGCGGAAUUGGUCCUUUCUAAAGGCCGGGAAUGGCACAGAAAGUGCUUUAAAUGCAGAGAUUGCACAAAGACUCUGGAUUCGAUUAUUGCAUGCGAUGGACCCGAUAAAGAAGUUUACUGCAAAACUUGCUACGGAAAAAAAUGGGGUCCUCAUGGUUAUGGAUUCGCUUGUGGAUCUAGCUUCUUACAAACUGAUGGCAUGACUGAAGAACAGAUUUCCUCUCAACGCCCAUUUGUAUGUCCCGAUACGACUUCAAUCAAAGCCCCUGAAGGUGAAGGUUGUCCACGUUGCGGUGGUGCUGUAUUUGCUGCCGAACAACAACUCUCCAAAGGACGAAUGUGGCACAAAAAAUGCUACAACUGUACUGAGUGCCACCGACCCUUAGAUUCGAUGCUCGCUUGUGAUGGACCUGAUAAGGAUAUCUACUGCAAAGCAUGCUAUGGAAAACGCUUCGGUCCCAAAGGAUUUGGUUAUGGACACGCACCAACUUUGGUGUCUACCUCUGGUGAAUCCACAAUUCAUUUCCCAGAAGGUAAACCUCUAACUGGUCCACGUUCAUCAGGGGGCUGUCCACGUUGCGGAUAUGCAGUUUUCGCCGCUGAACAAAUGAUUAGCAAGAGCAGAAUUUGGCACAAGCGAUGUUUCCAUUGUGCUGAAUGCAGAAAGUCUCUGGAUUCGACCAACUUAAAUGAUGGUCCGGAUGGUGAUAUUUAUUGUAGAGCGUGUUAUGGUCGGAAUUUCGGACCAAAAGGUGUUGGUUUUGGACUUGGUGCGGGCACCCUUACUAUGACAUAAUGUACUUUUCCAAACUGAUAUAUGUAUAUAUAUGUAUAUAUGUAUGUUUGUGUAUACUUCUGUACAUAUUUAUAUACAUAUAUAUGCGUACACAUAUGUGUUAAUAUGUAGAGACAUACGAGUAUAGAGUAAAACAGCAAAACCAAAAACGAACUAAACGAAAUGCAAACGGCUAUCAUUUUCAGUACGAAGUAGGUAUUAUAUAAUAAAAUCACGACAUAAAAAAUAACGAUCUUUUUUAAAACGAAAACUCGCGCCACAAAUAAGUUUACAUCGAGGACGAAGUUUAAUUUUUAUUUUGUUAUUAAUUUAUUUUUUAUAAAAGAGUGUAUGUGUUAAGAUUUUUUAAUCAAAAUUUGCAUAUUUUAUUUGCGCAGAUCAUUCAAUAACAUUUCAAAUUUUUUCUUAUCAAUAUUACCGUGUAUCAAGAGAUCGUGUGAAAAACUUUGAAACUAGCUAUUGACUGAAUUGCUCUCAUAGAAUGUGGGUACAUUUUUUUAAAUACUAAGUAUAUAGUAUAUUAAUAAUAAACGACAGCAGUAAAUGUGUGUACGUAUAAUGCAGAAGUUGUCGCCAAGUAUUUAUGUAUAUUAGUGCCUUUUGUAUGAAAAAAUUGUGCGUAUUUGAGAACAAAAUGAAAAACGAAAGACCCUAAA